UUCACUGUCAGUUAGUGUGCGGGUGACAGACAACAGCGGUGAGCCUCCAAAUCUAAGCUCCAAGUGUAAACUAUGGAAGAGAUUAACAACAUUGAAGUGGUUCCGUGCACAGAGUCUGACUAUCUAAAGCCGUUCAGGGUGCACUAUAACCAGAAUGGCACAAAGAAAUCGUGGGACUUCAUGCGGACCCAUGACAGUGUAUCUGUGCUGAUCUUCAACACCACCUCACACUGUUUUGUCCUCGUCAAACAGUUCCGUCCAGCUGUAUACAUGUGUGAAUGGGAAAAAGCCAAGACGCAGCCACCAAAGUCUGCUGAAAAAACCGAGGAGGGUGCUGCAGAAGCCGCGACGGAGUCUCAGGAGGGCCAGUCAGCCUCAGAAGGGGAGAGCUCUUCUCAGUGGCUGCCUGCCUCUGCGGGGGUCACCUAUGAGCUCUGCGCUGGCCUGGUGGACAAACCUAACCUCUCUCUGGAGGAGAUCGCCCGUCAGGAGGUGCUGGAAGAAUGUGGCUACGAUGUGCCAGCUUCCAAGCUGAAGAAGAUUACUUCUUACAGGUCGGGUGUAGGUGUAACCGGUUCCAAGCAGACCAUGUUUUACGCUGAGGUGUCCGAUGACAACUGCGUCAGCCCAGGUGGAGGUGAGCCAAAGGAGGGAGAGCUUAUCGAGGUGGUCAAAGUCCCGCUGCACGAGGCCAUGACGUUUGCCUACGACGAGCGUAUACCCAAAACCAUGGGCGUCAUUUUUAGUUUCAUCUGGUUCCAUAAUAACAUGUCUCCUAAGUACAAGAUCUCCACCAAUGUGUAACUAGUAUUAAAAUAAGCCCUCUUUCUACAAUUUAUUCCAGAUUAAAUCAAACACUGGCCCAGCACACUUACUCCUCCCCUUAAGGCUCUUCAUCCUGUAUUGCCUUUUUGCUUAUUGGUACAUGAUGAAGGGUGGGCCCCUUGUCUUGUUGCCAGCUGGUAUCUUUAAGGUUUGUCCUAUUAGCUUUUUUUAAAAAAAACAAUUGUUUUACGUGGUCCUAGCGUUUUUCCUAAAUACAAAUAUGCCAUAGCUGGUUGUCACUGGCACUUUUUCUCUUCUUUUUAUACGUAAAUCAUUCAUUUACUGUGCCAUUUGUUAUCAGUGGCUGCAUAUCACAGAUUUCAUUUGCCUGCCCUUAAUUAAAGGAAUACUCCACUGUUUUUUAAAUUUUAUUUUAAUGUCGAUAUUAAAUAUUAUCUACAUGUUAGUGUUUUUAAAAUCAAAAUUUGGUCGAGAAAAAGGCCUUUAAUGUUAUUUAAACUUGUAUUCUCCAUUGCUAGUUGCUUUAGUAAAGAGAAUUUAAAGCUCCAGUAUAUAUGAUUUCAUAAUACUAUAACAAUAUUGUAUUUUCUAUUAUUAUGUGGAAAUGCCUCAAAACCAGAUUGGAGGCUACUGAAAACCACUGUUCGACUAAAUUAAACCCAGUUUCAAAAUUAUUUGUGGUCAAUGCACUGUAUUUCCGUUUUCACACAUUUUUGCACAUGAUGAGAAGGCUUGCAAGUGAAAACAUUCCUCUUUCUCACCUCUGCUACAUUAAACGCGGCUGUCAGUAUUCAUGAUUAACCUCUAAUGUGCUGCUGGUUACCUUCAGUUUGCCAGCAUUUCCACUGAAAUCUUGAAAGCAUUUUUGCUUUCCUGAAAAAGUCUGACUGUGACAAUGCAAAGCACAUAUACAGUAGCUACUUUUUGCACUGUUUAUAAUGUAAAGAAUAGAUAGAGAGAUAGAUGAGGUUACAAUAAACAGUGGAGUAUUCCUUUAAUCCAUGAUCCAGUAAUGCAAAAACUAUACUAGUCAAUCAUGGGGCCUUGUAAUGAUUGGGGUAUUCAGGGAUGCCCCAUUUAAGUUCUGAAUCAUAGCCUUCAAGCAAUACUUACCUAAGUACUCCAGGCUGAACAAUCGUAGUAUCAUUGAAAUCAGCCCUUAUCCUUUUCAUCAAAUUCUUCGUGAAGUCAAACCAGUUAACAUUAGCAAACACUUACCUCUGCGCAGAGGGCCUCAGUUUAAUUAACUCAAUUGCGCUGAAGCACGAUCCUGAUUAAAAACAGCCUAUUUGUAGUUGGAGACACUUAAAUCCACUUCUGGUGACAUCUUCACACUGACGUGUUACAGGCGUUUUCAAGCCUGUAGCACAUCAGUGGAGUCUCAGACAAACAACAGUUUGUUUCGUUUUUUAUUUUGUAUGUUUGUUUUUUAGAGUUUUGGAGGAGCUCAAAUGUAUACUGUUGCGGACAUGAUGUCUUAAGGCAGUAGCCUCUAUUUUUCUGUUUUUUAGAUUGUUUAUUUUUUGCACACAACAUCAAAGUUACAUUAUGAACCCGUAAAUCACAUCAAUAUUAAUUAGAAAAAUGUUCAGAAAAUGUAACCCAUGUGAAAGUCUGAUUUUUAUAAUAAUUCAUUUGCAAAACUCACAUGCUGAAAACCAUUAAUGCACAAACCUGCUCUGUCUCUUAUUGUAUGCUUCUGUACACUACAUGCAAUUCACACUGAGUACCUGCUGUAAACAUAACAUUUAUUAAAAGUUGAUUGGAGAA